CGUCGAACCACAAAAUUUUCGUCGUUCAUAAAUUUUCUGCGAUUUCGUCUGCUCCUUCCCCUUCGAUUUCCUUCGCGUAGACCUGUAACUUCAACCGAAGAUUAUCAAUGCCCAGCCCGUUGGUUUUUUGAAUUCAAAACCGUUUGUUUUUGGAUUUACGAAACCGCUCUCCAUUUUCCCCCCUUUCCCCAAAUUUGGAAGAAUCAAAGAACGUUGGGUAUCUGCAUUCGCUUGUAAUCGUGAAAAUUUGUGAAGGCGGUUGUCAUCUUCGUUGAUAAGUCGCUGUAAUUUUUUGAACAAUGGCGUCGAAUAUUGGUAUGAUGGAUAGUGCGUAUUUUGUGGGGAGAAAUGAACUUCUUGCGUGGAUUAAUUCGAGGCUUCAGCUCAAUCUCUCUCGUAUUGAAGAGGCUGCUUCCGGCGCCGUGCAUGUUCAGCUGAUGGACAUGAUCUAUCCCGGAGUUGUUCCGAUGCACAAGGUGAACUUCGAUGCUAAGACCGAAUACGACUACAUCCAGAACUACAAAGUACUUCAGGAGGUCUUCAACAAAUUAAAAAUCGACAAGCACAUUGAAGUUAAUAAACUCGUGAAAGCACGACCGUUGGACAACUUGGAGUUUCUACAAUGGAUGAAACGUUACUGUGAUUCGGUGAAUGGUGGCCUCAUGAACGAGAACUACAAUCCUGUCGAGCGCCGAGCUAAAGGUGGGAAGGAGAGGAACACCAAGGCUUCACUAAAGCACUCUAAGUCAUUACAACCAAACAAUUCUGUAAAUUCUGGCUCGUGUGACGCAGAUUCUUCGACUCUUAGUCGAUCCCUGAGCGCCAAACAGAGGUCUAAUGGUGCAGCUUUUGGAGCCAAUUCUUCAUCGGAAAUUCAAGCGUUGACGCAAGAGGUUUCGGACCUCAGGCUUUCUGUGGAUCAAUUAGAAAAGGAACGAGACUUUUACUUUGCGAAACUACGCGACAUUGAAGUACUUUGUCAGACACCCGAAUUAGAAAACAUUCCAAUAACUUUGGCCGUAAAGAAGAUACUCUACGCCGCUGACGACAAAGAGUCUGCCCUCGAAGAGGCUCAAGAAAUCGUGGCUGAAUCGCUCGACACCAUCGAACAAACAAAAUCUUCCUCGGAUGAUCAGUGAAUGGUAGUCGAAAACAUUAAAGUCUUGUUCGAUGUUCUUCGAAAGGAGAGGCUAUAACAUGUUCUGCUUUCAUUGGUAACAUUUCCCUGAAUCUUCUUCUCAUGCUUCAACAGCACUUUAGAUCAUCAUGUUUGCAAAAACCUUUGUAUGGACAAAUUUUAACAAGCACUCGCACUCAGGAGGGCUAUCUUUGUCUUGUACCUUUUUCCUUUUUUUUUUUUUUUUUUUAU